ACGCUUAAUACGUUAAUAGCGAGUAUUACGAAGAUUAAUUUCGGCCUAAAUAAAAAGAUCGUUACCCCAAGUAUAAUAAAAAUAAAAACGCACUUCGGAAUAAUAACCUUUUAUAUUUUACUUAUUAAUACCCCAUUUCUCUUAUAUCUAAAAAAUAUAGAUCGACUAAGUAUUAUAUUUAAUAAUACGAAGAAUAAAAUUUCUAGUAGUAAGUACUUUAAAAUAGUUAAAUAA